GGAGGAAUAUAUCCACCCCUCCACGCGUCAAAAUAUUGCCGUUAAGUAGGGGCGACCUCACGAGCGAAAGCCCAGACAACCGAGAACGGGGUUGCGCAUGUAUCUACCAUACUGUAAACUGAUUGUUAGUUUAGCUUCUGCUUUAUUUUAAUGUUAAUUUGCAAACGUCCUGUUUUUUAAAUCAGGAUUAUUUUGGACAGAAUUUGUUUGUGCAGUUCCUAUACUUGGUACUGGGAAAUCUUUUUACGGAUUUUUUUUUCUUUUUGGACCUGGAUCUACAGUAACUAUAUCAACGUUCGUGCCAGACUUGCGGUGGAUUUAGCGCACUGGAUUGACCCAAUCAGCUUGCUAGCAGGCAGCGAGCUCAUUUAUCUGAACCCUUUUCCUUUCCCCGGAUUUGGAUCAUAAACUACCGAUCAUUGGACUUUUCGUUGUUUUGAAUACGUCUUAAUAUGCUGUUCGGCUCAUUUUCCCAUAUUUACAGCCCGACGACUAUGGAUCACUUGCCGGUGAAAAUACAGCUUCAGCCAGUAAAAGUGGAGAAGGAGCCAUUUGACAAGGUUUAUCAGUUUGGAUCCGUAUUGGGCAGUGGUGGAUUUGGAAUUGUGUACGCCGGUAGUCGCAUUUCGGACGGGUUGCCGGUCGCCAUUAAACAUGUGGCCAAGGAGAGGGUGAACGAGUGGGGCACGAUUAAUGGCGCUAUGGUUCCUUUGGAGAUCCUGUUGAUGAAGAAAGUGGGUUCCACGUUUCGAGGCGUGAUAAAGCUCCUGGAUUGGUACGAGAGGCCAGACGGCUGGCUCCUCGUCAUGGAGAGGCCCGAGCUGGUCAAGGAUUUGUUUGACUUCAUCACCGAGAAGGGCGCGUUGGACGAAGAGACGGCGCGGGGGUUCUUCCGACAGGUCCUGGAAGCCGUCCGGCACUGCUACAGCUGCGGAGUGGUCCACAGAGAUAUCAAGGACGAAAACCUCCUAGUGGACCUACGCAGCGGAGACCUCAAGCUCAUUGACUUUGGUUCGGGGGCGAUUCUCAAGGACACCGUGUAUACAGAUUUCGACGGCACGAGAGUGUACAGUCCUCCGGAGUGGAUCCGCUACCAUAGAUACCACGGGCGCUCGGCAACAGUGUGGUCGCUCGGCGUGCUGCUGUUCGACAUGGUCUGCGGGGACAUCCCCUUCGAGCAGGACGAGGAGAUCCUGCGCGGGAGCCUCUGCUUCCGGGGGAGCGUCUCUGCAGAGUGCCAGAAGCUGAUCAAGUGGUGCCUGUCCCAGCGGCCUUCGGACCGGCCCACGCUGGAGCAGGUCUUCGACCACCCGUGGAUGCACUCGAGCGCCACCGCCAAGACGGACGACCGCGACGCCAUCCGGCUGCGCGCCAUCGACGCCGGCGCGUCCAGCACCAGCUCCAGCAAGGAGAGCCUCUGAGACCCCCCUGGCCCUGUCGGGCUGGUGGGCGGGGCUCACGGUCCUCACGUUCACACUGGGCUGCUAGGACAUUCACCUUCCUGUCACAUGUACCCUCCCCCCUCUAUUUUUCAGUUUUUUGAAACAGAAUGUCCCCCCCCCCCCCUCUCAAAUAAGUCCUUUUAUUGUUUUUGUACUUUCGUUUCCUCAUGGGGAACAGUAGUGUUUGGGUGGUCUUAGCCAGCAUUUGUUCAUUUUGUAUUUAAUUUUUGUUUUUUAAUUUGUUACACAGAUGGUCUAAGAGUCUAGAGACCCUUCCAUCCAGACAUGCUGGCUGCUCUUAUAGAGCGCGGACAACUUUUAUUUGCGUUUGUAAUUUUGUCCGGUUUUCGUUUUGAGUGCCUUUUUGAAAGCUGCUUUUGUGGGAUUUUGUCUCUUUUUUUUUUUUUGCCAGUUAUUAGCGUUUGUAAUUUGCACACUAUGGAGCGGGGGAGGGGUCUCUCCCCUCCAUAUGCAAAUUUACAAGCCCGAAGUGGGAUUAUUGGAGGGGAGGGGGCAGGGCAGGGUCAUACAGUUUGUGGAGUACUUGAAACACACCCUCACUGCCUCUUAUUUUGCUGCUCACUCACUUCAGUCUGAACUGGCUUUUCAAAUGGGACCCUUUAUUUAUUUAAUUUUAAUGUUGUACGUGUAUACCUUUUUGUACUUUAUCUGAAUGUGUACUGAAGACGGCCCUGCCCCUGUAUCUUAAUGUAGGGGUGUUUGUGCCCCAGGAGUCCCGCGCUUUUAUUUUGCUUUUUUCCUCCCCUUUCCCCCAUUUUAUUCUUCUCACGAUGUGUCUCUUGUCCAGGCUUCUCCUGGCUUGGGCUGUGAAAAUGCACGAUCAAUGCAAUAUUCAUAGACUCAGUUAUGUUUAGUUUAUUUUGUUUUUUUUAAUACAAAUAUUGUAUAAUAUAUUUCUGCUCAUUCCCCUCCCCCCCCCCAGUAUAUUUAUUUGUAUUAUGUAGACAUUCCACACUUUUGUGGUUAUUUAUUUAUUUAUUUUUUGUCUCUGCUCAAACGAGAAAAGAAAUUCCCAAGAUCACUCCUCUUUUAUAUGGCCUUUUGGUUGCAUUCCUGAAAGGGGGGAACCAUUUAAUUUGACCUGUUAACUUUGAAAAUGUACAAAAGCUGUUGUUUUGUAUGAAAGUUCAGGUUUACAUUGAUUGUUUAAAAAAAAAAAAAAAAAAAAAAAACAGUUAAGAGUUUGAAAACUGCAAGUUUCGUUAUCCUUUGCAGAGUCUGGGAUAGUUGCAUCUAAAAAAAAAAAAUCAAGCAAUGUUGUUUGGAUAAACGGUUAAGUUACUGAACCAGUACGAUCUCCUUUUGUUGAAUUCCGGAGAGCGAGAUUUAAUUUGGGAAGAACUUUACCUGUUACUGAUGCAUUGUGGCCCAAUGUUGGAGAUGUCUUUUUUCAGUUUAGUAGUGUGAAUUACAAUUAUGGAGAUCCUAUUUUUAUACAGAAAUUUCAAUUAAAUCAUUUUGUUCAUAA